AAUAAAAGUCAGUCGAGUAAGAGUAGUAAACAAAAAACGUUUUUACACGGGAGUGGUCGAGAAUAUCAAAAAAUAUGUGUAAUAACAUUCUUAUUGUUAAAAAUUUUUAAUCUCUUACUAUUUCGUUUAUUAUGCAACUUUUAAAUAGUAAAUUAUUCGAUCACAACUCCUUUUGAAUAGUCCUAUAAGCAGUUAAAAUAAAUGACGCAACUUUGAAAACAGCCUGUAUAUUUCCAGAGAGAAACGUUGCAUACACGAUCUGAAAAACCGCUUAGAAUGUUUGCGAUACCGUGAAUUAAAUCGGAUACAUUUUUUAUUGAGUCGGAGUUAUUUUCCUGAAAAUUUGACAUUGACAAAUGUGAUACGCGAUUCCAAAUACCUUAUUUUCUAAACUACCUUUUCUUCUUUUCCAGCCGAGGGCGACAUCUGCCAAUUCGCUGCCCUGAAAAGCCACUACCAAAGUCGCAAAUGCCCCGCGAAAGACGAAGGCCUGUCCCUGUUCACCGCCGCAAACCGACCGCGCGCUCUCAGCGCCCUCUAUGCGGCGGCGACGACGGGACCGGUGGCAGCUGUCAGACAGCUCGAUAGAUGGCGCAGAGACGGCCAGCGAUCUUCAGGGUUCUUCGUUUGUACGCCGGUGCUGCAGGCUAAGCGACGGAGGAUGCGCCAGAAAGUGGACAUCGAGAUCGAGACGAGGAUGCCCGCUGCUGUGGAGGAACUCCGUCGCUGGACCUCGGACGAGGCGCUGGGCGACGUUACUGUGAUGCCAGACUGUGCCAGUAGAAUUCCACCUGUCACCACCUUCAUAUCCGACAACCAGGACGCCACUGACGUAGGCAGUGGCGUGGUGUCGUCGGACGAUGAAGGGGUCGACCACAAACUGCCGUCGCCCGAAGAGCAAUUGCAAGUCAUGGCGCUCAAAUUCCCAGCGCAAGUGGUGGCGGUCGACAUAAGCGGCCGCAGUUUCGACCGGAUGUCCGCGCAACGGCGCUCGUUGACGCACGCCGAUCUCGGCAAACAGCCGGCAGAUGGCGACACCGUCGGCAGCGGAGGGGGCACGAGGAGGAGGAGGGGGCGCAGACCGAGGAGCAGACGGAGGAACACGCUGGCGGGCACGGAUCAGAAGGAGAUCGCUGACGCGCUCAGGGCGGACGAAACAACGCCAAACGAAGAUACGGAUCCGACAACGUCAGGUGUCGCUUGCCGGAGCAAAAGCGGAGACCUUUUCAGAUCGUUGCCGUCGAAAAAAGACAUCUUGGACAUUAAGAAAUCUCAUUUCGAUAUGCUCAAACAAUGGGGCAAGAGCCGAUACGACAAACUGAUGAAUAAAAGCUCGGAAAGCAAGACUAGCACAGACGUCGACGAUUUCAAUGUAUACGAAACCGUCACCGUGAAAAGAAAGAGAGAUGUAGACAAAGAAAGAAAGACACACGAACGAAAUUCUUCGAUAUCUUCCUCGGAAAAGUCCGUGGCAAACGUUCCUGUGACAACUAGCACUCUAUCUUCAGUUAUGAACAUCGCCGUGAAACUUAGAGAGAGCUCAGCUCAAAGAAGGCAAAGACGUGCCGGAAACAACAAAGACGAGCCUCAUUCGUCUAGCGGCAAUUGGAGCGCUAGCUCAGAAAGCGGUAGAGCUUCAAUCGGCUCAGAAAUCACAACUCAUCCUAAAUCUUCCACCUCUGCAGCUACGUCUAAUAACUCUUUGAACCAACAACCUCCUAGUUCUGUAGCUAGUAGAAGAAGAUUCCCAGUUACAACCUCAGGAUCUAGUAGCAUGACAAGUGAAGGUACUCUUACACCUGACAUUAUCCAUGACCUACACGAAGAUGGAGAAACUAGCUCAGUUUACUCUUGCGACACUGAAGGGUAUUACACGUCUUUCCAUAUGGAUAGCGGACUGAAGACGCUCAAGGAGGAAGAAACACCGCCCACACCUCUUCAUUCAACGUCUGCCUUUUCCAAUAGUGGGUCAAACAACACGGUCCUUUCAGCAGAAAACGAAUACGAACUUUUUGGAAAAGGCUCCACGUCCACAACUACCAGCUCAGCAGGAACUGUUUGUACUGCCUUAAGAGCAUCUGAAAGCACGAGGUCGUUGGUUAUAGGCCCAGCGGUACCUGAAAGGAAGAGCUCUCUAUCGAAACUCUCUAGCAAAUCGCCAGAAAGUUCUUUAGAACGAGACUUGAGUAGCGAUAAAACAGGUACGGUCAAAAGAAGUCCCGCCACCAGCUCCAAACCAACAGUUGUAGCUCUAGUCCAUAAAGAAAGUAACAAUAACGGCGACGUAUCUCCUGAUAGCGGUCAUAACACUUCCAGCUCCCCGAUAGAGUCGAUAAGCAGUCCGAACGGUGUGAGGAGCGGUUCGGACUUUGAGUUUUCCGAAUCUUCGGAUAUGGAAGGCCCGGAGAGAAUCGAAAGGAUACGAGUCAAAACCACAAUCAAUUCUAGCAGGAUACCUUCGAUGUGUGUGAUAACCCCGCCACACAGCGACGAGGAAAGUGAACACAGCAGUAGCUCCUCUAAAAGGGAGUUUAAAAAGACGUUGCAACCAAAAACAGAUACCAAACAGCCUAUCCAAAGGAUAAUAUCAACAACUGUGAACGGUUCCAACCAGAUUUCGUUGGUGAACGUGAAUCCUCAAUCAGGUUACGCCACCAUACAAUCUAUAGACCAACCUGACUCCGUUGGAGAAAAAACUGUCAAAACCGAGACGUCCAGGACCAUAAGAGCACCUAGUCCUAGCGGAGGUAUAGUCAUAGUGAAAGAAGAACCUCAAAACAAAUCUCCAGUCCAACCGGUGAUCAAGGCAUCCUUAUUGCCUUUGAAUAACAUGUUUGGAAAAAUCAAGAUGAAUAUAGCAAAUUUUGCCCAGAAAAGAGACAGAAGCAAGUCACCUAGUGCUAACAAAGAUCAACAGACGAAGCUAGAAGAAUUUGAUGCUGGAGAAUACGUCACGAUAGCUGAUGUUAGGAAUAAUAAUGGCAACAACCUGAAAGCUGUCGAAGACAUAACAUACGCGAACGAUGUUGUCAAUAAGAAUCUGACAACGGUUUUGUCCGGCAAAAUUAGAGACACCGAAUACGUUUGCUUAAACGAAUUACCUUGCAACGAAAAUAACAACGUAGUGAGUAACGUGAACGUAGAUUCGCUAGAGCGCAAAAGGCAAGGUGCUAGGGUGAAACUAGACGCAGAAGGCAAAGUGGUGUACAGUUCCGAUAGCUUGAAACGAAGAGCUGCCCAUACGACGUUCGAACCGGGUCCCAACGUGAAGAACACCAUGGACAGCCCGUUGCAGAGUCCGAUACCGACGCACCGAUUACCGAAAAACCUUCGUCCAGUGAACAACAAUCAAGAAAACCGUCCGUUGUCGCCGCAAAGCGGCAAAUUGGUGAUCAGGGCUUGCUCUGGUCAAACGUCUUCGACUUCGGAGAUAAUCCGGAUGCCUCCGUCCACGAUAGUGACACCAGGCACGAGACCGAUGUCGCCAAAGUCAAGAGGCGCGUACGUCAGGAUGCCCGAGACCGCAAAGUCGCCUGUCAUUGGCCAGGAUAAAGGUAAGUUGCGCGUGCGUACGAAAAAUUCGUUGAACGAAAAAAACGCUAGACGGGUCAGACGGAGCGACAGCUACCGGUUAGCGAACGGUCCCCCGACGAACUUGGAAGCGCUAGACAAGAAGUUGGAUAUAGUGCAUAGAUAG